AUGGCUGCAGCCAACUGUCUACUAUCUGAAGAUCAGUUCCUGUGCUCCAUCUGCCUGGAUGUGUUCACUGAUCCUGUCAGCACACCAUGUGGACACAACUUCUGCAAAAACUGCCUAAAUGCACGUUGGGAUAAUAAUUUCAGGUGCCAAUGUCCGAUCUGUCAAAAGGUUUUCAUCAGAAGACCUGAGCUGCACGUCAACACUUUCAUAUCUGAGAUGGCUGUUCAGUUCAGACAGUCAGCUAAACGGAAAGCCAGCAGCAGCAGAUCAGAGCAACAAGUGUCUGAACCAGGAGAAGUUCCCUGUGACGUCUGCACAGGAACCAAACUGAAGGCCCUGAAGUCCUGCCUGGUGUGUCUGGCCUCCUACUGUGAGACUCACCUGGAGCCUCAUCUGACAAUGUCAGGCCUGAAAAGACAUCAGCUGAUCGACGCUGUGGAGAACCUGGAAGGCAGGAUGUGUACGAAGCACGAUAAACCUCUGGAGCUGUUCUGUAGGACCGACCAGACGUGUGUCUGCAUGCUCUGCACUGUUUCAGACCACAAGAUGCAUGAUGUUGUUCCUCUGAUAGAAGAAUAUAAAGAAAAGAAGGCAGAUCUGGGGAAGACGGAGACUGAAAUUCAGCAGAUGAUCCAGAAGAGACGGCUGAAGAUUCAGGAGAUCAAACACUCAGUUGACCUCAUCAACCUCAGUGAGAAAGAUGCAGACAGAGAGAUAUCAGAAGGAGUUCAGGUCUUCACUGCUCUGAAGGAGUCUGUUGAGAGAGGCCAAGCCAAUCUCAUCGAAACAAUCAAAGAGAAGCAGAAAACAACACAGAAACAGGCUGAAGGCCUCAUCAUAGAGCUGGAACAGGAAAUCUCUGAGCUACAGAAGAGAAACACUGAGGUGGUGCAGCUCUCACUCUCUGAGGACCACUUUAAUCUUCUCCAAAGUUUACCAUCCAUGAAAACUUCUCCAUCCACCAAGGACUGGACAGAGGUCAGCGUCCGUCCAUCAUCAUAUGAGGGGACUGUGGUGAGAGCUGUGGCUCAGCUGGGCGAGACACUCAGUGAAGAGAUGAAGAAGCUGCUUGAAGCUGAACUGAAGAGAGUCCAGCAGUUUGCAGUGGAUGUGACUCUUGAUCCUGAUACAGCAAAUCCUGCUCUCACCCUGUCUGGUGAUGGCAAACAAGUGAGUCUUGGUGAUGUGAAGAAGAAUCUCCCAGAAAACCCAGAGAGAUUUUCUCUCAAUCCCUGUGUUUUAGGAAAGCAGAGUUUCUCUUCAGGCAGAUUUUACUUUGAGGUUCAAGUUAAAGGAAAGCCUGAAUGGGACUUUGGAGUGGCCAGAGAGUCGAUCAACAGAAAGGAAGACAUCCCACUGAGCCCCGAGGAUGGUUACUGGACUAUAUGGCUGAGGAAAAGAAAUAAGUACAAAGCUCUUGCUGACCCUCCGGUCAGUCUCUCUCUGAAGUCUCCUCCUCAGAAGGUGGGGGUGUUUGUGGAUUAUGAGGAGGGUCUGGUCUCCUUUUAUGAUGUAGAUGCUGCAGCUCUACUCUUCUCCUUUCCUGGCUGCUCCUUCACUGAGAAACUCUUCCCAUACUUUAACCCAGGUCUGAAUGAUGGUGGUAAAAACUCUGCACCUCUGAUCAUCUCUCCUGUUAAAUGCACAGAGUAG